AGGGGCGUUGCUAAGGCAACUGGGGAGGGCGGGGUCAUGUCUGAAUUGCUGCUGUGAGUCACCGGAGUGCUGCCCAGGAAAGGCAGGGCUGGAGUGAUGACCAUGCUAGCGACCCAGUGGGAUUUCGCGACAUCACCUGUGUGGAGGGACUUCGUGUCUAUGGCAACUGUCACCUGGUGGAAGGGGCGGAACUAGAUUUCCUCUGUCUGGGACGCCGGCAUUCCAAGCCCUUGUCCUGCAGCCUCCCGCAGGCAGACACGCCAUAGAAGGAAGCCAGGGAAUGGCCGCGGUGUGGCAGCAAGUCUUAGCAGUGGACGCGAGGUACAACGCCUACCGCACACCAACGUUUCCACAGUUUCGGACCCAGUAUAUCCGCCGGCGCAGCCAGCUGCUGCGGGAGAAUGCCAAGGCUGGCCACCCCCCAGCCUUGCGUCGGCAGUACCUGAGGCUACGGGGCCAGCUAUUGGGUCAGCGCUACGGGCCACUCUCUGAGCCAGGCAGUGCUCGUGCCUAUAGCAACAGCAUUGUCCGCAGCAGCCGCACUACCCUUGACCGAAUGGAGGACUUUGAAGAUGAUCCUCGAACCCUGGGGGCCCGAGGGCACCGCCGUUCUGUCAGCCGAGGCUCCUACCAGCUACAGGCACAAAUGAACCGAGCAGUCUAUGAGGACAGGCCUCCUGGCAGUGUGGUACCCACAUCGGUGGCAGAGGCAAGUCGUGCCAUGGCCGGGGACACAUCGCUGAGUGAAAACUAUGCCUUUGCAGGCAUGUACCAUGUUUUUGACCAGCACGUGGAUGAGGCAGUCCCAAGGGUACACUUCGCCAAUGACGACCGGCACCGCCUGGCCUGCUGCUCACUGGACGGCAGCAUCUCCCUGUGCCAGCUGGUGCCUGCCCCACCCACUGUGCUCCAUGUGCUACGUGGCCACACGCGUGGCGUCUCCGACUUCGCCUGGUCCCUCUCCAAUGACAUCCUCGUGUCCACCUCCCUCGAUGCCACCAUGCGCAUCUGGGCCUCCGAGGACGGCCGCUGCAUCCGUGAGAUCCCUGACCCUGAUGGCGCUGAACUGCUGUGCUGCACCUUCCAGCCUGUCAACAACAACCUCACUGUGGUGGGGAAUGCCAAGCACAAUGUGCAUGUCAUGAACAUCUCCACAGGCAAGAAAGUGAAGGGCGGCUCCAGCAAGCUGACAGGCCGUGUCCUCGCCCUGUCUUUCGAUGCCCCUGGCCGGCUUCUCUGGGCAGGUGAUGACCGUGGCAGUAUCUUCUCCUUUCUCUUUGACAUGGCCACAGGGAAGCUGACCAAAGCCAAGCGACUGGUCGUGCAUGAGGGCAGCCCUGUAACCAGCAUCUCCGCCCGCUCCUGGGUCAGCCGUGAAGCACGGGACCCCUCCCUGCUCAUCAACGCCUGCCUCAACAAACUGCUGCUCUACAGAGUGGUGGACAAUGAAGGGACUCUGCAACUGAAGAGAAGCUUCCCCAUUGAGCAGAGCUCACACCCUGUGCGCAGUAUCUUCUGCCCUCUCAUGUCCUUCCGCCAGGGGGCCUGCGUGGUGACAGGCAGUGAGGAUAUGUGUGUUCACUUCUUUGACGUGGAGCGGGCGGCCAAGGCUGCUGUGAACAAGCUGCAGGGCCACAGUGCACCUGUGCUUGACGUCAGCUUCAACUGUGACGAGAGUCUGCUGGCCUCCAGCGACGCCAGUGGCAUGGUCAUCGUCUGGAGACGGGAGCAAAAGUAGGGUUCUGCCAGCCCUGCACUGCCCCCGCUCCCGCCGCUCCCUCCUCUCCCUCCCGUCUUGUGUUGUAAAUAAAAUUUCUGUGGUUGUGUUGAGGGGCCACUCCCAGGUCUCCCACAAGGGGGCACUAGGGAGCACUGAGCCCUCCAGUGAAAGGGAGAUGGCUUCCUCAGUUGUGCAGUACUGUGUUCAUCCAUGCAACAAGCACUGAGUAUCUGCUGUGACAUAUCACGUAGUUGUGCAGUCAGUGGACAGGAAUGAGAGCAGCAACUGUGUUGUCAGGAACUGUUCUGAAAAGGAGGGAUCCUGCUGUGGCCUCAACCAACGGAAAUCCCUGCCCUUGUGGGCUUGCAUCCUAGGGGACACAAACACACCGUGUACAAAGUACAGCCAUUCCUUGGAGUAUAAUUUGCUUUAUAAUUUUUCAACUUUUUGACCAUACAGUGCUACAGAACCACACACAUACACCUGGUCUUGUUUUGCUACUUUCAGUAUGGUGUUCAGUAAAUUACAUGAGCUAGUCAACAUUUUGUUAUAAAAUAGCCUUUGCAUUAGGUGAGUUUGCCUACCUGUAGAAUAAUGUCACUGUUCUGAGCCCAUUUAAGGUAGGUGGGGCUAAGCUAGGGUGUUUGGUAGGUUAGGUAUAGUAAUGCAUUUUCGACAUACGCUAGUUCAAGUUAAGGCAGAUUGGUUGGGAUCUAACCCUGUUGAGUGGAGAAGCAUCUGUACAUAGUAGGCUAGUUAAAGAUGGGCGGUGUGGAGACGCUGAAAGGAGGAAAGGGGAUGAGGUUGCAGGGAUGGGAGCGGGGAGCUGCUUUGGGCGAUGUCAUUUGAAGAUCCGAAUGAAAUGAGGGAGGUCAUCAUGGGGGGGUAGAAGAACAUCCUCAACAGAAAGAAAGGCUAGCGCACAGGCACUGAGACUGGAGUGUGUCAGAGUAUGAUCCGGCUGAGUGUGACACAUGACGUUAGGUCUGGAGGGCUUUGUGGGCCAUGCCGAGGAGCUUGCCUUUUCCUGGGUGAGGGAAGUUGGGGUGCAGGACCAGACAGCAAUAGAGAAAUUAGGAGAGGAAUGGUGAGUUCAACCCCAAGGGUUUCAUCAGAUUAGAUUGUAAAAGUUCCCAACCUGACAGCUUCUGGCUAGGUGAACCCCACUCUUAUCUGUGCAUUGACUUGUGGCCCCCAACCAGGGAGCAGAAGUGGUGUGUUGAGUUCUUGGAGUUCUAGAUUUGGCAUACAGGCAGCCAUGGACUCAGGCUGAGCUACAGCUCCUCCUAUGGGGAGGAAGAAGGAGAAAAUCUGUAAGCUCACCCCUAGCUCCUCCCAUGUCCAUCCAGGGCCCUAAUUUAAGCCCUUGACCAGCUCAGAGGCCAAAUACUAAAUUAGUUCAUUAUUGGGUAUUGACAAGGAAAUAAGUUCCAAAGUCAUUGUCAAUGAUUAGAAUCGUGAAGAAAUUUCAGUUUGAAGAAUCACCAGGGGCUCUUAAAGCUAAUUCUCCCAGAUCCAUGUGCUGCUACAUUUGCAUCAGUUGGAAUCUUGGCUAACAUCUUGGGACUUCAGAGUCACCAACCUGGUAGCACAGUAUUGCUGAGCUGUGGAACUAACAGCAGCUCUUUGAGGGAAGAAGAUAAUUCCCUGUUUAUUUAAUCUGUCGUUUAAUAGUGUGAUCACUUGUAGCCAAAGCAUUUCUGGCUCCAUCAGACAGAUCUUAGGCAAAUGGUUAUGAGAUAAUGAUACCAGUGAGCUGGACUGGUCACGUUGUCAAAAUCAUAUAUGUGUGCCAACAUUCCUAACCCAGCUUGAGGGUCAGUGAUUUCCUAUGAAGACAGACAGUACAGCUGACAGAUACAGUGAAGGGUACCACACACCAAUUAAAUGCUAAUCUUCAAAGAGACCCUCCCAAGGAUAACAGUUCAGACUUGUGUGUUAACUCUCUGCUGCACCAAAUAGAUACGGUUUCAAUCAAGGUCUAGAGGGAGCAAGAUAAUUUGGGGAAAUACCAGUUUUCUCGAACUUCCUUUUCUUCACACUCUCCAUUUUCUUUAGUGAGUCUGGUUUCAGGAUGGUUGAUGAAUAUUGUUUGCAUGAUUUGGGGGGUUUCCUCCUUGUAAAAUUUUUGAGGUGGCAGAAUUGACGUUCUACUUUAAUUUCAUCUUGGUGACACUUUUAACUCACAACCUAAAGGAACCUAAACACUGAGUAAACAAGAAAGAAUAAAAAAUAAUGCUGUUGGUCAA